CAACCCGAUUCUCGAGUUGUAAGAUCGCUCGUAGCUCGACCUACCGCGACUUACUCGACAAACGGUGAGGCGGGCGGAAGAAAGCGGAGAGAUAGGCAAGGGAGUCGGCUCGGAAUGGCGUCUCUUUUCGGGCGCCAGAAGUCUGUGGUUAUAACAGUAUAACUAUUCGGCGCAUGCGCGUGCCCGAUUACGUGGUGUAUAUGCGUUGAUACGCAAUUCCUCGACCGCGGAGCUAGUGAGGCCUGGCCUAAUUACUCUCACAAGAACAAUCCGUGGUUUCUUUUUAGUGCUGCACAGUGUCCGUUAUCUUUCGUCGAUAAUAGUGGUUUGAUAUUUUCUUAUUUUUUUCCGUGUUAGCCUUCCAACUCGGAGAUAGAGGUUGACGUGAUAACACUGGCGCUUUGCAGUUAGUGAAAAGUUGAUCCGAAAUACAUUCCAAUCGAGGUGUAACUGUAGCCGAUUGAUAAAACGUGUCGUGAGGGUAAAGUGAAUUUGAAAUUUGCCAUUGUUAACAACUCGUAGCCAAGCAACUUGAUCGGUUGUCAAUUUUCCUGACCACCUGUUGCACCCUCGUCAGUGGCAGAUAAUUCGCCUGCACACACCCAGCAUUCAAUCAUGGAUCCGUCAAGGUUCAACGGCACCACUAUGGCGUCCAGCAAAGAGACAGAGGCCUUGAGGACCACAGAGCAGAGACACGUAGGCGCCACGUCGGGCCACGAUAGCCAGACGAAUCCUUCGGCUUCCCUGCUCCAAUUUGGUCAGCACAAUCCGGGAGUACCCAGCAUGGAACCGCCGCCUUACAGCUCAGUCGUGACUCAGGAUUCCCAAGCCUGGCAUAACCCCCCUGGCACCUUUUCCAGCGUCAAUGGUCAGGCUCCGUAUCCCACCGGUCCGGCACCCUACCCUACCGACGGAGCUCCCGCUUUCGAGGUCCCCUCGAAGGCCCCGUACCCAACAGCCCCCGUGGUCAGCUCACCCUAUCCAGCGGUAUCCGGGAUCACCAGUCAGCCAACGUUCACGCCUGGACCCGCCAGCCAAGCGCCGUAUCCCGUAGCCGCGAUGCCGAUGCCGACGCCCAUCACGACGACUGGGGGACAAAUCGGCUUUACGAACCCCCUGACGACGGAACCGAAGUCAGCGACGUCGGGAUACCAGCCCGCGGGGUACGAACCCCUGAAUAACCAGGGGAUGAUCUAUCCGACGCAGUCAGGUGCCGGCGGCCAGUAUUAUCCGGUACAGAAUCCUUACCAGCAGAACCAGGUGCCUCCGCCGCAGACGGUUUACGUAGUACAGAAGAACGCUGACACAAGUACAACUGAUGACGACUGCGCUAUGCUGGCCUGUUGUUUGGCCAGUUGCUACUGCUUAUGCGAGUGCCUCAAAAUCUGCAUUUCGACCGACUAGUAAUACAUAUUAUAUUUAAUAUAUUCGGCUUAGCUUCCUUAAAUGUCGUUAGGUGUAGCAGCGAAACCACUAAUGCGUCUACUGGGGAUUUUCCACUCUCCUCACAAACGACGAAUGUAUAGUCACUCGUCGAUAAUCAUAAUCUACCUCAUUUUUCCGUCAACGUAUUAGCAUUUUAGUGGACGAAAGAAAUGACCGAUUUUUUUCGAUCAUGUAACCGAAUGCCGACAGGUUUUACAGCCGGCUAAUCAGUUUCAAGUAAUUCAAUUAGUAACCAUUUUUGCAAUAACCAUUUAUUGCGAAUCGUUUCUGAAUUGCAACGAUGAAAAUCAAAAUUCAGUUCCGCUUCGAUUCUAACUUUUUCGUUAUUAAAUACGUUACUCUGUAGAUUGGUUCAAGCGUGUAAGCUUUGCGGAUUCUUAUAUGGUACAAUAGUAUGGUCUAAAGCGCGGGUGAAUUAAUGUUCGUUUGUAAUUUAUUGCAGCGGUAGUGAUACGGAAACAGCUUGGCGUGUGGUGCGAAUCCGUCACGAUCAAGUUAAUAUGUUUCACAGUCUUCGUAUGCCCGUUUUUUAUUGCGAGAAACCUCCUAUGAUGAACACUGCGCGUUGUAAUAUAUUUUAGAUACAGGUACAACAUCUACAUCUUUGUAAGAUCUGCAUACAAAAUGUAAUGGCAAAUUUUUCUCUUCGUUUCUUCAUUUGCACAUUUCAGCCCAUGCUGCUAGCACACUUGCCAUCAUUUAUGACUGAAAGUGGAAUAUCAUUCGGCUUGUAAAAAUUGUGCAAAAAGCCUUGAUCAACCACCGAACACUUCAAUUGCGAGGCCUAAUCGAAGCCAAAUGUACAGCACUUUUACAUAUGAACAUCCAUCUUAGAAUAUAAAGCGAACAGAAGUCUGUGUUAGGAUUUUAUAAUAAGAAAUAACUUUCGGAUCUUCUAGAAUCCUUUUCUUCUUUUUGAAAUAAUUUACAGUGCCAUUCCGUAACUGGAUCAUUUAUAUUUCCAUUAUAUUAGGAGAUUUGAUUUCACAGAUGACUAGAAGAUGUCGAGAAGAUACUUUAACUCCGGUCAACGCUUCGAAGAAGACUUGAUGAACUUGGUAAACUCUGAUUAACGGAAAUGUUGGGCUGUUAAAUUUUGUGUGCAUAUAUAUAUGGCAAAACUGUGAAUUCAGUGCCAAUUCUGCGGAAACAUAACGUUGCCAAUAUGCGCGACGGAAUUGUGUGCCUUUGAAAGUAUUUGAAAGCAAAGCUGCUCAAAUUUAUCGUUUGACCGCUAACGUAGGCGAAUAUGUGAUUUUCUGUACCUAUAACACGACAAAUCCAUGAAAAGAUUUAAAAUUGAUUUGAGGCUGAAUAGAAUUAACCGUAUAAAUACUCUUGUACCGCGUUUAAACUUAGAAGCUUUAUUCGGGCAGUUCACUAUUCUGCAGUAUCUGGUAUGACAUGACCGGAAUUAUUUUUUUUUUUUUUUAAGAACCACAAUUAGCUACAAUCGUUUACCAUUAAAGCUUAUGGCUACAUGACUGUGGAAAAAGACGUCGUCACUAUGAUAUGUCAAAUUAACGUACAUGCGAGAGGGGAAAACUAUAUUACAUUAUUACAUACUUUUAAAUAUUCUAUACAUGUAUAAUCUAUCAUAUACUUUACCCGAUGCAUGUAUUAACACUACUAAUAUUAUUAUUGUUUUACCGUGAGCGUAUGUUGAGGAAUCUACGUAUAACAUGGGAUGAAGAUUUUAAAUUUAUAUCUUGCGAUCAUAGGCCAAAACUCAGUCACAUUACAGAAAUAUCCCUACCUAUACAAGUAUAAAUAUUGUACUCAUACGUUUAACUCAUACAUUCUACUUCAUAGAAUACAUAUUGAGUUAUAGCGGAUAGAUUGUAGGUAAUGGAGAGUUACUUCAAUGAAUAAUCAAAACAUGAUAAAUUU